CUUUCGCAGACCGGGGUCAGUGGUCAAUUUGAAAAGUUGUGUGUGAGGAAUGCCAAUGAAAACGAAUGAAACCUUAGAAAUUAAUUUAUCACACUUUGCAGUGCCUCAAAAUCGUGUAAAUAACUUGGUUUUGCUAAACAAAAGAACCAAACCGAAGAAAUUCACAGAAUUUAUUGCAUAAUGCGACCAAGUUAAAUUUCAUAAAUUCGGAAAAUUCGAAAAAUGACAUGGACUGCAGAGCAAUGUGUCGUGAAACACUAUAUACUCGUUCUCGUAUCACAAUUAAAAUUCAAAGUUAAGUUUUGUGUUCAUAAUGCAACAAAUUAUUAAUCAACUGGGAAAAUACAAAUGCCUUAUGGCAGUAGCAAUCAUUUUGCAUAUAGUCGAGAAAUCGAUUUUGCUGUGCAAUUGUGUUCAUGGAUUCAGAAACAAUACGGAGAGCGCAGAGCUGGUUUCCCAUUACGAAUCGAGUUUAUCGCUGCCCGACAUAUUGCCUAUACCGUCGAAAACAUACGAUAAGAACCGUGCCCCCAAACUUUUGGGCCAGCCAACUGUCGUUUACUUCCACGUUACCGUACUCUCCCUGGAUUCAAUUAAUGAGGAAUCAAUGACCUACGUGACGGACAUAUUUCUUGCACAAAGCUGGCGCGAUCCUCGACUACGGCUGCCCGAGAACAUGAGCGAACAGUAUCGUAUACUGGAUGUGGAUUGGCUGCACAGUAUUUGGCGGCCCGAUUGCUUCUUUAAGAAUGCCAAAAAGGUUACUUUCCAUGAAAUGAGCAUACCGAAUCACUAUCUUUGGUUAUAUCAUGACAAAACGUUGCUGUACAUGUCGAAGCUAACGUUGGUUCUGUCCUGCGCCAUGAAAUUCGAGUCCUAUCCGCAUGACACACAAAUCUGUUCCAUGAUGAUUGAGAGUUUAUCCCAUACAGUGGAGGACUUGGUCUUUAUUUGGAAUAUGACCGAUCCACUUGUGGUCAAUGCAGAGAUAGAGCUGCCUCAAUUGGACAUUUCCAACAACUACACGACGGAUUGCACCAUAGAGUAUUCAACCGGCAACUUCACCUGCCUAGCCAUUGUGUUCAAUUUGAGACGACGAUUGGGCUACCAUUUAUUUCAUACAUAUAUACCCUCUGCCCUUAUUGUGGUCAUGUCAUGGAUAUCCUUUUGGAUUAAACCGGAAGCCAUACCGGCCCGAGUCACCCUCGGUGUAACCUCCUUGCUCACAUUGGCCACACAGAACACACAAUCCCAACAGUCGCUGCCGCCCGUGUCGUAUGUCAAGGCGAUAGAUGUAUGGAUGUCAUCCUGCUCAGUCUUUGUGUUUCUCUCAUUGAUGGAGUUUGCUGUAGUGAACAAUUACAUGGGCCCCGUGGCCACCAAGGCCAUGAAAGGAUACUCGGAUGAGAAUAUCACUGAUAUGGAUGAUCUAAAGCAUCACCAUCGUGAAUCGAUAAUUGAGCCUCAAUAUGACACAUUCUGCCAUGGCCAUGCCACAGCUAUUUAUAUAGAUAAAUUCUCGCGCUUUUUCUUCCCAUUUUCGUUCUUUAUACUCAACAUUGUCUACUGGACAACGUUCCUAUGAUGGAUGAUGAAUGGAUGAUAGAAGAGAUACGAAAUAAAUACCAUACCAAGCGCAUUUGUUUCUAAAUGUAUAUAUAUAUAUCGUAUCGUAUCGUUUUUAGGCCACACAUAAUUGCAUUAAAAAUAUGUAUUAUAUAUUGAUUUACUAUAUGGUAAUAAAUAAAGCAAAGCGUUUAAU